AAAUGUGCGCGAUGACGUCAUUGCCCGUCGGCGUAUGAGUGACGUCGCGACGUCGGUCGGAUGUAGCGCGGCAGGACGCCACUAGCCCAAGCUAACAGCCAGCUAGGCAAAGUACACACAAACCCUCGCCGACUGCUGUUUUACUGACCCGUCAAAGUCUUUGUGUCGGUCAAAAGAGCUUGUCCACCAGCUGAAUGGAAGUACACCAGGCUGUUUGUGAAUGAGGGGGUGGUCGGGGUCAGUGAUGCACCAUGGGCUACGACGUGACGAGGUUCCAAGGGGAGGUGGAUGAAGACCUACUGUGUCCAAUAUGUAGCGGUGUUCUAGAAGAACCAGUGCAGGCCCCACACUGUGAGCACGCUUUCUGCAAUGCCUGCAUCACGCAGUGGUUCGCCCAGCAGCAGAUCUGUCCUGUGGACCGCACUGUGGUGACGCUGGCUCACCUGCGGCCCGUGCCACGCAUCAUGCGCAACAUGCUUUCCAAACUGCAGAUCAGCUGUGACAACGCCAGCUUCGGUUGCACGGCUACGCUUCGACUGGACCAGCUGCAGUCGCACCUCAAGGACUGCGAGCACAACCCCAAAAGGCCCGUCAACUGUGAAGAGGGAUGUGGCCUGGAGAUGCCCAAAGACGAGCUGCCCAACCAUAAUUGCAUCAAACACUUGCGAGGUGUCGUCCAGCUGCAGCAGGGCAAAAUUUCAGAUCUGGAGAAAACUGUGGCCGAACAUAAACACCAGCUGGGCGAACAAAAACGAGACAUUCAGAUGCUCAAAGCGUACAUGCGAGCCAUCCGCAGCGCUAACCCCAACCUACAAAAUCUAGAGGAGACCAUUGAGUACAACGAGAUCUUGGAAUGGGUGAACUCCAUGCAGCCUGCCAGGGUGACCCGUUGGGGCGGCAUGAUCUCCACCCCGGACGCCGUGCUGCAGGCAGUCAUCAAGCGCUCGCUCAUCGACAGCGGCUGCCCGCUCUCCAUUGUCAAUGACCUGAUCGAGAACGCCCACGAGCGCAAUUGGCCGCAGGGCCUGGGCUCCCUGGAGACGCGGCAGAUGAACCGUCGUUACUACGAGAACUAUGUGGCCAAGCGCAUCCCGGGCAAGCAGGCGGUGGUGGUGAUGGCCUGCGAGAACCAGCACAUGGGAGAGGACAUGAUCCUUGAGCCCGGCCUGGUCAUGAUCUUUGCACACGGCGUGGAGGAGAUCCUAUAACUGCACUACGAUAUGGCGACCAAGAAAUCUGGCUUAUCCUUAUCCAAAAAAUAAUUGAACUGUUGAUACCUAUGCCUUAAAGGAAGGACAAAUGUGUCAUCAACCUGGCAAGUAGAGCCAAUAAUAUGACUGAUAUGGUAUUGGGUUUUGAUGGUUACUUGGUUUAUAUUUAGUGCAUUAUGUAUUCUGAUUGUUCUGAUACUCUCAUUGUAACGUGAAAAACUUUUUCAACAAAUUUGCUUCAUUUUAGGAACAACUUCCUGCUGCAUAGGUUUGCCAUGAACUCUGAAGAUAUUCUGGCACAAAGCAAACCCACCAUGACACAGUAAAGGGAGUGUUUUAUCAAAUGGUUGGAGCUGUUUGAGUCCAUUGUUAGUCAACACACUACAUACUUGGCUGGCUAACUGGCUGCUAGCGUCUUUUUUAUGGCGUGCAUGUACCACCGCCCAGCUCACUACUAUUUGCGCUGGAUGAAUUAUCACCACAAUAAUCAAUUGUAUCAAUUCGUUGGUACCUCACUUGUGUAAAUGUUUGUAAAUACAAAUACUAUAUUGACUCAUAGAUGUAAUUUUCUUCCUUGUUCUGAUUCCAUAUUUCCCCUGAUUGGUUUUUUUUUGGACAUUUUUGUCAUUGAUGAGCUUUUUCCUGGCUUUAAGUUAAUUGUUACGCUGUGAAUAUUCCACCAAGAUGUUCUAUUCCUGUUUGCAUUGGCCAUAAUUUUUCUGUGCCAUUUUGUUUUAUUUAUUCUGUUGCCUUUUACAUGCGAGCACACAAAAAACUUGAAGUUGAAAUUUGCCUUUUUCGGUGCAUUGGAAGUUUGUUGCAGGAACAAAACAUUUGUUGUGUUUUCUGUUGCCUUUUUUGGUAUGCUGGGUCCAGAUGUGAAGUGAUGUUAAAUUUCAAGUUUGACGUGGAUGGGAUUUAUGUGAUGACCACAAUGGUUGCCUUUCUACAGUAUGUUCUUUAUGUUGUCCAGGUUUCGACUGCAUUCAGCAAGUAUCUCUUUAAUGUUCAUGUUCACAGCGUGGAGAUUGUAAAACUUAAUCGCGAAGUCACGCUUGUGGCUUUUAAAGAAGUGUUGAGUCUCACCAUCUCCCCUCAUAACUGUUGGACUGAGACAAAUAUGACACAUGAGCAGUAAACGCAACUUUGUAUUGUACCCUUUUGUUAUUCUCUUUGGUAAUGUUUUUAAUUUGUCCUGUGUCGUCGUAUCACGGUGUACAGACAAAGGAAUAAAAUGUCAUAAGUA